ACACUGGAACUUUUCCAAGUCAAGGGUCAGUAUGGAAGAGGCAGAACUGGUAAAGGACCGACUCCAAGCAAUAACGGAUAAGAGAAAAGUCCAAGAAGACAUUGUUCAUAAAAAGCUGGAAAUAGACAAGGAAAAGUUAAAGCUUCAGCACUUAAAGAAAAAGUCUCUGAGGGAGCAGUGGCUCAUGGAUGGAGCGAGCAACCAAAGCCCACAGCAGAGAGAGACUUUGAGGGGAGAUCAACAGCAAACUAAACUCCUCCAGACCAGCAUCCACAGAAUUGAGAACGAGAUUGAGGCUCUGGAGAGGGAAGAGACAAUGAUUUCAAAAAAUGAGGGCUUCAUACUGAAGAGGCUGAAAGCUAUCGAGAAAACACCUGAGGAGAUAAUAAAGGAAGCAAAGGAGAAUUUCAAAGAAGAGCCAAUCCAUAUCACCCCAGCUACUCCAGAUGCCCCAAAGUCCUACAAAUCUCUAAUCUCAAAGAAGCAGUCCUUUGAAUCUAAUAAGGACACACCCAAACAAACCAUGUUUGCCAUGGAGAUCAACGUCCAGAAGGACCUCCGUACUGGGGAGACUCAGGUCCUGUCCACAUCCACCGUCACCCCCCAGGAGCUCCAGCAGAGAGGGGUCAAAGUCUAUGACGACGGCCGCAAGUCUGUCUAUGCCCUGCGGUCUGAUGAGUCUCAGCUGGGGGAUGGUUCUAACAGAGUGGACGAGCUCAGCCCUAUGGAGGUGGAGGUGCUGCUCAGAGCAGCUACAGAGCAGAAGAAGUCUCAACGCAGCCCACUGGGCCACCAAGGCCAUCAGGAAUCAAUGUCUGCAUUCUCCACCCCCUGUGGAGCUCGGGGCCAUCAGGGACUCAGCCCUGUGGAGGUGGAGGAGCAGCUCCGAAAGGCUACAGUGCAGAAGAUGCCUCAAAGCGGGGCUUUCCCAAAAGACCACCGGGGCCACCAGGAAUCAGUGCCUGCAUUCUCCAACACCUGCAGCAGGAGGGCCUCAGCCCCCAACAGACCCCAACAGAGUCAUGCUAAAGUCAUCCACGGAACCAACGGGAACGGGUAUCAGCAAGAGUCGUAUAAGCGUGAUGUCCUCUCCAGGAAGGAGCUCCACUAUAUUGAUGGAGUCCACUACUCAGGGCCGGAGAGUCUUUCCUCCUCCCCUCACAUUCCAGUCCGUUCUUUCAUUGGCAGGCAGGACGAGGAGUACUACCAGCCAAAUAACGGGUACAACCAGAAUCCUUUCACCUACGGUGUGGAGAAAGGGUUCACCACCCACGACUCCUACCAUAUCCCUAGAGAGAGCCAGCGAGGCGGGAUGUUCUACGACUCGUUGGCUGAAAUGGACCGGAAGCCGUCCCCGAUCUACCAGGAAGACUCGCACUUCAGUAUCCUGAACACCAUGGACACGUCCGAGCCUGUCACCGCCAUCUUUAUGGGCUACCAGACCGCAAAGGAUGACAGCGGACGUGGUCUUGGCUAUGAAGGAUCCAUCCGGGCCGAGCUUGUCAUCAUUGGCGAUGAGGAUGGGGUGGACAAGAGUAACCCUCAGUUCAACACCUACACCCCGGAUGGCUACAACAACCGGGGCUACCAUCACUGUCAACCUCAACAGAACUUAAUAAAAUACAUGGCAGAGCCCACAGCAAAUUUUAACUCAAACAAUGCUUCACCGUACACAGCGUCAAAGAAUUUGGUCUACCCUGGUCAACAGGCCAAAGAGGCACACUACCUGUAUUCAGACGAACAGUCCGACGAGGACAGGACAGAGAAGCACUCUGCCCCAGCUUCAAUUACAAGUAUGGAGAAACCUGAACAGUUUGUGUAAAAAUACACCAUGCAAGACUCAGCAACCCUACAAGUUCCAUGAGAAGAAGAAAAUCAACUUUGCACAAAACAUUCAACAAACAGCAAAAAGGGCACUUCUGAGAUGCCAUCAAUAGCUAAAACCAGAGCCUUGUAUUUGGAUAUUUCUCAAAAUAUUCUCAAUAUAUUGUCAAUAUAAGGAUGUGGCUAAUACUGUAAAACAUAUGUUUUCUCAUAAUGUUUCCUUACACAGCUGAAAACUGACCAAUGAUGUCAUUUAGAGAGAAAGAAACCACCCGAAAAGUAGACUUUUGAAAUGAAUCUCUGAUCUUAAAUGUUAAAUCUGCUCAAUGUUCCUGAAGAUGUAAGUGCCUCUGAUGUUUACUGUACUCUCUAGCCUUUGGUGCUGCUGUCAGCUACUAGUCAGCACUUUUGAUAUGCUAAUAAACCUUUAUGGAGUGCCUCAAUAUUAUAUGCUGUUGAAACUGUAACAUGGGAGCAUAUUUGUAAAAGAUAAUCAUGCUAACAAAAUAAUAAAAAAGCAAAUUGUCAUACA